CUCUUUAUCACUGACAUAGAGCAACACCGUCGGCUAGCUGGUCGAGUGGUUGACUAGAAUGGCCAGCAUAUGCACUCGCUGUGCUCUACGCUUACAACGCGCUGCACAGUCUCAGACACGGCAAGCGACCCACCGAGCAUUCUCUCAGACCAGCAAAAGAGCGAAGCACCACGGCCUACCAACCUUUGCCGAAACCUCCACCCCUGAACUCGACGACAUCCUUCUCACUCUCCGCAACAAGCACCUUAUCCCCGCCAACCUGCACAAAUCCGAACGUCGUCUUAUCUUCGGCACGAAAUACCGCCAACAGCUCCUCGACAAUCCUCAAACCGCUCUUGUCGGCGACGAAGAAGUACCUCUAACAUGGAUAGACCGCCGCAAGGAGAUUCCUUCCCGCAACAAACUCUUCGUUCGCGCCCUCGAGCUUAUGUCUAAGGGUGCGAGAGACGAGUAUGGGGGUGAUUGGAAGAACCUAACCGCGCUGCUGACGGCGCUGAAGGGUGUCAGUAAGUCGAAAGGCCAUGAGAAGAGGGAUGUGAGGGAGGAGAGGAUGGGCAGGAUUGUUAGAAAAGUUGCGGAGGCUGGACAUUUAGAGAUUGUGAUACAUUGCUUGAAGAUAUCCAAGCAGACCGGCUUGAGCUUGAAGCAGGAGGAUGUGCUAGAGAAUGUGGUGUGGGCAAUGCAUCACGCGGCGCAAAAGGCAGGCUGGAGUGAGGAGGCGGUGACGAAGUCGCUGAAGCACGCGAGAGCGAUAGGUUUGUUGUUGGAGAGUGAGCAGCACGGAGGCGGCGCGGUGUUGAGGGAGGAUGACCCACGCACACGGCCGGAGGUGGUUGGGGUGUUCCUUGAGCUUUCGGCUGUGUUUGCAUACAGAUACGGUGGCGGCAAGGAUGAGGAUGGCAGUGUGAAAAUGUACGCCGAGAGGUUGCUGAGUUGUAUUGGGGAGCACGCGCAGCCACCCUCCCGUGCCCCAGCACCCACAGGCCCGCAAAUGGAGAUGCUACACGGCGUCCCAAUCUGGCACGGCUUGAUGCUCGCCGAGAACAUUCUUGGUAGAGACCUACCGCAGCCGCAACUCGCGAAGAAGAUCCGGCAGGACUAUGAAGCUGGGCUGGAGAUUCUAGCGCAGGCUAUCGAAGCGCAGACGCCAGCGCCUGGCAGUUAUGGAGAGCAAGCGUUAGUGGCGUGGAAGGAGUGCGUUCGGGAGUGAAGGGUUGGAAAGGUUGUGCAACAUGAAGCUCACAGCGAGGUCUACAGGCUGUCUGUAUAGUUGGACGAUCACAGUUCAUCCGCUGUGGCAUUUCUAAGCCGCCAGCAUAUCGCAGCAUCGUGUCUGGCAGGGAGCAACGACUUCAAUGGACGAUCACAGUCGUGUGAUUCUGCCCCUUGUUGAGAAUGUUGGAUGAUCUGCGAUCGAGGCUUCCUGGCAAGUUUCACCGGAGCAAUAUGACUCGAAUGCCAGCGUCUUCCCAACACGGAGUGACUCUAGCAUUCUAUAGUACGACAUGAUGUGUAGCUUCUCUCAUAAUACGAAACGAGGUUUAGCUGAAGCUUGUCGCAUUCGAUGGAACGCCGCAAGGGUCGGCUCUCGGCACGGAGACAGGGCAUUCUAGGAGACAACAAGCUUAAAGCCGACCGCAACCACGACACUGGCAAGCGGUAUCCACAGAUCAGCCAG